AUGUCUCUGGAGGUAAGAGGGCAGCAGGAGCAGCAAACGCAACGGAUACUGAGACACAACAAAUCUCGUCUCACCGCCCCCGAAAGAGAAGUCGAUAUACGCCGCAUGCGUGUGAAAAGUGCAAAGCUGCAAAAUGCUCAAGCACCUCCAAACUUCCAAGUCCAAGAGCCUCGGCCAGAGGAUGACGAGCGGAAGUUUGAAGCAGAGGUCUCGGCUCUGCUGCGACAACAGAACGAGAAGCUGGAUCUCUUGAUCAAGAAGACCGCGGCCAUUGAAGCUGCGUACGAAGCGGCUGAAAAUCGCCUGUCAAAGGCCGAUGCUUGCCUCGCAGCUGAGAAACACCCUUUACCGCUCUUUCAGACGUCGACCAGUGCUUUCUUUUGCGUCAACGUCAUCGAUGCGGGUGUCAGAAAGCUUGGACUUGAUUUUUCUCAAGGAUCAAACACACCGGGGGUGUCUACUGGGACACAGACACGGCCGGCUUUGUCGAUUAUCCGCGGUGAGGUGGUCAAUGGGGAGUCAAGUGACAUAAGCCGGAGCGAAAUCGAACAUGUCGCACAGUCAAUUGCGACGGCGAGCUCAAGCAGCCAAGAUGCUUCUGUACCGGUCAAACUGAUAGACCCGCUCUAUGAUGUGGAACCCAAUCUCCUUCAGAGAGGAGUGCAAGCCUUUCACAGUCUGGAAUGGGUCAUGUAUCCCAUCCUGGAUAUUUCAACCCUUGAAGAAGCCAUAGGAGCCCUCUCUGAUUCGACCGGCGGGCUUUCUACCCGUGGACGAGGACACUCGAUUGACAAGGAGGACUCGGCUAUCCUGAAAAUGGUCGUGGCAAUUGGCCUCCUGGCCGAAGGUGACACCCAUCAAACGCUGACCUCUAGUCUGCUACAAUCUCUCCACUCGCAGAUCGAAACUAUGAUUUGGAGUGCCGCAGUUGAUCUGAAAGACCUGGUGUUGAUGACAUUAGUGAUCUUGUACCAUUUGCAUUGCGCUCGAUGGAGACUGGCUUGGAGAUUCACGAUGAACGUCAGCCGCAUCAUCCUUGAACUGGGAUUGAAUCGAAAAAUGGUCCUGGACCGGUCUUUCCCCGACCCCAAGAAUCGAUCCCAGGCUAUCAAUACCGUGUGGACGGUGUUUGUGCUCGAGCAGCAUCUCAGCUAUGCCCUGGGCUUCUCGAAUGCCAUGCAAAACCUCCAUCCAGAGCCCAAUUUUCCUCAGCCGGUCGAAGCGCCCUUUUUACAGCUCAUGAUCGAGUACGCAAGUAUUGGGAAACAGUCGUGCGACGCCCUGCUGAACGACAAAAUCCUGAAUCCUGAGCAACUGUCGACGUUCCAGGACGAUUAUGCCUACUUUCUCUACCGGGUGAACUUGUGGGCGACUCGAGCGUCGGAGACAUUUGAAGUCUGUGGUCAGGGUCAGGAUGAGGGUGAGGUUCAAAGCAGCACCAGUCUCGGACCACCAGGACUAUCCAUGGUGCGCACGAUUCUGCACAUCCGAGCCAACCACCUCAAGACGCUCAUCGCCCGCGCAUUCCUUUGUUCUGGCCUGCGAAACGCCGCGCCCGCGGAUAUCUGGGUCACCUCGGUAGACAUCGCGGCCGACACGGUCGCGGUUCUCAGCGAGCUGGACUCUUCCAGGGGGGAGUACCUCUUCCACCAAGCGCAGUUCAACCACUUUUUGAUUUCGGCCCUGGACGUGCUCCUCUUCGCCACCACGCACAGGUCAUCCGGCGUGGGAUCGCCGUCCGCCAACGGCCAGGAACUCGUCGUCCCCACAGAGAUCGCCCAGAAGGCGCGACAGAGCUCGACCACCGCGCUGGCCCGUCUCCAAACCCUGGCCGAAACUUCAAUCCAAUCCAAGUACCUGUGGGAACGGGUCCGGGGCGUCGUUUCCCGACUCAAUUUCUCGGACAACCUCCUCGCCACCACCACCGCAGGCGCAGGAGCAGCAGCAGCAGCAGCAGCAUCAAAUGACCCAGAGACGGAACUUCUCCUGCCUGCACUAGGACCCGAAAAUCUCGACAUCAUCUUCGAACACACAAAGGCCGUGACGGAUUCCGGGGUCGGUCUCAAUUCGUUGCCACUCACCACUGACUUUGGUCCCGCCGACGGUGAGACCGGACUGAUGUUCCCCUUCCUGUCCGACGACCCGGCCGUCUGGGGGUUCCAGCUCCCGCCGUCGUCGUCGGAUCUGGACUUUGGCUUGCCGCCCCAUGACCUGGGGUUCUUUGGCCAGUGA